AUGAAGCUCAGUCUUUCUAGCGUAUUAUUUACACUUUUAGCCUCGGCUACUGCUCAAAAGCUCUCUGGCUCAGCUCAAGGUUUUGCCCAAGGUGUCACCGGUGGCGGUUCCGCUUCGCCAGUAACCCCUACGAACAUCAAGGAGCUUGUUACCUACUUGACGGACAAGACUCCUCACGUCAUUGUUCUUGACCGAACUUACGAUUUCAUCGGCUCUGAAGGUACCGUCAAGGAAAGGGGAUGUGCUCCUUGGAAAACUGGAAAAGGAUGCCAGCUGGCCAUCAAUGCUGCCAAUAACUGGUGUGGCAGUAAUCCACCAGUUGAUGUUACCUAUUCCAAGGCUGGAACAUCUGGAAUCAAUGUUGCUUCUGACAAGACGAUUGUUGGCGUUGGAAACAAGGCUAUCAUCAAGGGCAAGGGUUUGCGCUUUGUUAAUGUGAAGAACAUUAUUGUUCAAAACAUUCAUGUCACAGAAUUGAACCCUCAAUACGUCUGGGGUGGUGAUGCCUUCACGUUCUCCGGCACAAGCAAGAUCUGGAUUGAUCACUGCACGACAUCUCUCAUGGGUCGCCAACAUUAUGUCUUUGGCCGCGACAAGAGUACUGGUAUUACUCUCUCCAACAACCACAUUAACGGCCGCACAGAGUGGUCCGCCGGCUGUGAUGGCUACCACUAUUGGACCAUUGAGAUGGUUGGCCAGGGCGACCAGAUCACCUUCCAGAACAACUUCAUCGAGCAUACAGCCGGUCGUGGUCCCGCCCUGUCUGCCACCACCUUCCUCCAUGCCGUCAACAACGUCUGGUCCGACAUCAAUGGCCAUGCUAUCGAGGGUGAUACCGCUGGCAAGGGACUCUUCGAGGGCAAUGUGUUCAAGAACGUGAAGCAGGUUGUCGUUCCCGAUUUCAAGGGACAACUUAACAGCUGUCCUGAUAGUGCAGCCUCCAAUGCCGCUGAGCCAUACCUUGGCCGUGCGUGCCAGGGUAACAUCUUUGUUGCCUCGGGUGCCUUCAACCGUAAGGAUACUGGCUUCCUGUCUGAGUUCAAGGGUCUCCCUAUUGCUAGGUCUACCCGCGCCCUUGUUGCUCAGACCAAGGUUCCCGCUGCUGCUGGCUUUGGAAAGAUCUAA